AUGGGUAAGCUCAAGAAGAGAUCAAGAAGCGCCAAACUGGCUGCUCAGCGCAAGCCCGGAGCUUCCAAGGACGACAAGGAGUUUCAGAAAAUUGCGCCAUUGCUAGAUAAACUAAAGUCGGAUGCCGUUAACGACCGCUCGAUGGCUGUCGGGGCCAUCAAUACCUUAUGCGAUACUGACCCAGAGAUUCGCAAAUUGUUCCUGAAAAAUGACCUCGUUCGCACGAUACUGACCAAGCUCGUGCACGACUCCAGCGAUGAGGUGGUGGUAGAAUCGUUUGGCCUUCUUCGGAACCUGAUCAUUGAGGAAGGGUAUGAUUUGAGCGUAUUUCUUUGGAGGUCAGACAUCUGGACGGUUCUCGAGAACGCUUUCAAAAAGGCAAGCGUUUCCAUCGAGCACGUCAAGGAUGACAACGUUUCUGCAGAACAGCGCGGCAUGCUUUUCGACUACAUUGAGAAUAUUGUUGCUUGUCUGGGCUCUCUUUGCCUCGAGAUCUCCACGGAAAUGUUUCAUUCUGACAUUCUCCCGAAACUUGUUUCCAACGACAUACUCAAAUUCAUCAUUGUCCUUAUCGAGCGCAAUUACACAACGAAACUGACUUUGUCAGCCCUGGAAUUCCUGUACGAUUUGUCUACGAUCUCUGCCCCAUUCAUCGAAGCGUUUUCUCAGGACGAGAAUAUCAAACAGAUUCUUGCAGGGCUCAAUUUGUCCAACGAUCUGUCCAAGGUGUAUCUCAUUGGCUUGCAUUUCCAAACUUUGGAGUUUUCAAAUGGACUUGACGACAACCAGACCAUACAGAUUACCGAUAGUCUGCUUGCCGUGGCCAACAAGGCGGCAGAGUCUCACUCCCGGGACGAAAGUAGUCUCAAGGUCUACGAGCUGGUUCUUGAUAUUUUUGCCACCAUUGUCGAAAUCAAGGGCCAGGAAGAACCUAUCAGUACGAAGAUUUCGGGAAUGAUCGAGUCACACGUGCUCCCUUUCCUAAGAGCUGUCUUCGAGUUCAGCAGCGUCAAAGUGUUGCUGUGUCUGACCAACAUCUUGUGUUUCUACAAAAAUGAGACGCCAGAGAGUGUUGUCGAGCUAGUCAAUUUCGUUAGACCAGCUAUGUUGCAGCAACUCUCGCAAAAGCUCGAGGAGCCAGACUUGGAAACCAUCAACCUGUAUCUUGGGUAUUUGGAGGUUUCCUCCGACAUCACGUCUGCAGACGAGCUCAGACCGCUUGCAGAGGCGCUGCUCAAUUUUGCCAUGCAACUAGGAGAAAUUACUCCCGUGUCUGCCCAGAUUAUAGGCCACCUUUUGCACAUUUUGACCAAAGUCGGCAAGCAUUGCAACGAUUUGGAGAUGACGACUAAUAUCACAAAGUUCAUUGUGGACAAGAACCUCGUGGAGCCUAUAAAAUACUACAACUUGACUAGAUUAGGAGACCUGCGCAAAAAACACCAGUACUUGAUCGAGACGGUUCUUGUGGAUUCGAUAAACUCCAUAUUCGAUCUUUUCGACGACGACUAUCCAUAUAACAAGCCUAUUUACCACGCAGGCGGACUUCACCAGGUCUUAAAAGAGAACUUGCCUCACUACAAAAAGAUAUACAAGGCUAUAGACAAAAAUAGCGAGCCCCAACUAAAAGCCUUAUCUGAAGAAGCAUUUCAAAAUCUCGAGAGAUUUAUUCAGUAUAAAGAGGGCGAGGCUGAAUAG